AGUAUAUACGGAGAUGAAGAUGAAGACGAUGAUGACGACGACAACGUUAGUAAUAAUAAUAUCAUUAAUGAUCACAACCAGAAGCGGCGGCGGCACCACCACAGACCCGGCCGGCGGGCUUAGCGGUUUGGUGAAAAGCACCUGCAAAAACACGCCGAAUUACAACCUGUGCGUCCAAGUUCUGUCGGCGGACCACCGAGCCGGCAGUCCGAAAGCCGACGUGUCCACGCUAGCCAUCAUCGUGGUGGACGCCGUGAAGGCCGAGUCACUCAAAGCGGCGGACAAGAUCAGGGAGCUCCGGCCGCGGCGGGGCGAUCUGAAGGCGGCGCUAGAGAAAUGCGAUUUCGAGUACAACAAGGUGAUCCUGGGCGCGGUCCUCGACGAGGCUUACGAGGCGCUGACUAAGGGGAACCCCAAGUUCGCGGAAGACGCCAUGGUCGGCACCGCCACGUCCGCUCAGUCCUGCCAGGAUGCCUUCGGCGGCGCCGCGUCUCCGCUCUCAUCAGUCAACGCGCGCGUGCGGGACCUCUCUGUCGUCGCCAGGGCCAUUAUCCGGAACUUGCUGUAAACCACGCGCCGCCACUCCGAUGAGUCCGAUCCUCCCACGCGCUAUAAAUGCAAUUCAUCCAUAAUAAAAGAAUUUAAAGCUAAGCACUCAUUAAUUACCAGAGUUAUUAAGAUUUGAUGUUUCCAAAUCUUUUUUAAAAAUAGCCUAUUUAAGUUUUUAACUAAUUAUCUCCAAUAAAAAGUUAUUAUAAAUCAUAAUACUGGUAUCUAUUUAUUGUUGACCAGAUUAUGUCUUUGAAUAACAAGCUAAGAGUAUGAUUUCAUUUUCGAGAUCUUUUAUAUGUAUACAUUCUAAAUUAAAUUGUUCGUGUAUUAUUCACUUGGUCAAAUUUUAUUCACUUUCUUUUUUCUUCUCCAUUAGUCAUUUGAUAAGAUAUAUAGUCUUUUUUAACAUAAUGCACUUCUCAUAGAAUUAACCAUGAAAAUUUAAAAAAAAAACCAUCCAUUCAUACUAAAACCAAAUACACUACACACUACCAAAACCAAAAUUUUCUAAGGGGCUGUUUGUUUGAGCCUCUUAAUGGUUCAGAUGUCUGAAUGGUUCAGCACUUAAUGGUUCAGACUGUUUGUUUCAGCCUCUUAAUGGUUCAGAUGUCUGAAUGGUUAAGAGAUUUGCCUCUGAAUGAUUAAGUAUUAUACAGAGUCUGAAUGGUUAAGACCUCUUAUCUGAAUUGAUCAGACAUUUGCCUCUGAAUAGUUAAGCAAUAUACUAGCUCUUAAUGGUUCAGACCUCUUACUGGUUCAGCACUUANAGCCUCUUAAUGGUUCAGAUGUCUGAAUGGUUAAGAGAUUUGCCUCUGAAUGAUUAAGUAUUAUACAGAGUCUGAAUGGUUAAGACCUCUUAUCUGAAUUGAUCAGACAUUUGCCUCUGAAUAGUUAAGCAAUAUACUAGCUCUUAAUGGUUCAGACCUCUUACUGGUUCAGCACUUAAUGGUUCAGACCUCUUACUGGUUCAGCACUUA